GAAAGAAGUAUCCAGAUCAGGACCGAACAAUCGAUCAGUUGAACGCCCAUACCUUUGAAUACCACUUCACACUAGCCUCUUCAUCUUCAUUGCGCAAUUGUCUCGAACACUUGAUCACCUUUGACUUCUCGUACAAACCAAUUUUUUUUACGUCUCAUAUCAUCAAACCUCAUCUUAACAAGCCUUCCUCCGCCCUCAUCAGGCUCGUGCGUUGGAGCUUUCGCGCACGCCCGAUGCACGUUCACAACACUGAGCGCCAUCACAAUGCUCUCCUCCAUCCAUACACCAAUCUGCAUCCGCACAACAACUUUUGAUGCAGAUCAAUCAAAACCUCUCUUCCAAGGCACUCUCAGCACCACUCAUGCCUUUCCCGCCCAAACCAAUCCACUCUCCAAACUAGUCAGUCGCGUUUACCCCUCGCGUCCCUCGCGCAUAUCAUCUGCUACCCUCGAAUGCUACAUCACGUCAGUCUAAACCAAGCGAUUGUCCCUUGAUGCUCGAGUUGCGUGUGCCAUGACCAAGUUUACUAGCGCUGCGCUGCGCUCGCAAGCACAGCCCAUCAGUAGCUACUUCGUAGGGUUGGGUGACAAGGACGAGGGCACUAGAUCAUGAAUGCAUCAAUUACUAACAAAAAAGUCUGCAACGUAUGGACGAGCAAGUCAGAAGGUUCGCAAAGGGAGAGAUCGUAGUGCUCGCAGCAUACUAGAAGAGCGCGCGCGCACAUCGCUCAGGCAACCUUCUUCUUUUUGCUUCCGCUCACGGCUC